ACCUCGUGAGGCGUCUCCGGAGCGCGGGCGGCUGAAGGCUGUUUCUGACUGGGUUUCCUGGAGGCGAUCCAUAAAUCAAGUGGAUCAUGGAGGAGGCGUCGGCUGCUUCCACCUCGUCUUCUUGCCCCGAGCUCCAGCCCCGUUACCAGUUCGGUCUUCAGGAGACUCCGGAAAGCGGCGGAGGCGCGGGGUUGACCGACGAGUCCUUUCACCCUCAGCGAGGGAAAAAAGCCAACAGGGGCCCCACCGCGGCCUUCCCUCCGAGAGGGUUGGAAGAUUCUUAUUUUGGAGACAAGAGUUCUUAUGCAGAAAACAUUAGCACAGUAAAUAUGACAAGCCCUUCUUCAACCAGAGAUAUAAAGAUUUCUAGAAUACGGAAAACGCCUCUCUCAUCCAACCGAGUAGGAUAUAGAAACUCGACUCCUUUCAUGGGAUAUUCAGUAACAUCAUCUUCAGCAGUCUCCACUCACAGUAUUGCAUCUGUUAUUGUGGCUGUAAUAGAAGGGAGAGGACUUGCUAGAGGUGAAGUGGGAAUGGCAAGUAUUGACCUAAGAAAUCCAGAAGUAGUGCUAUCUCAGUUUGCUGAUAAUACAACAUAUACCAAGGUUAUCACCAAACUCAGAAUUUUAACACCCUUAGAAAUAAUAAUGUCAAACACUGCAUGUGAUUCAGGAAAUGCAACAAAACUGUACAGUUUGAUAGCAGAAAAUUUCAAGAAUGUGACAUUUACCACAGUCCAGAGGAAGUAUUUCAAUGAAACUAAAGGUUUGGAAUAUAUUAAACAAUUAUGUACACCGGAAUUCAGCACUGUUUUAAUGGAAGUUCAGUCCAA